AUGCUACCCGGUAAAGAACUCAAUGGAGAGAAUAGUGAAGGAAAGAAAGAAAAUUCAGAAUCUGAUGGACAAACAAUCUUGGUUUGCUUUGAUCUCAUUAUUGAAAUUCUCUUAAGGCUUCCGGUGAAAUCUCUCUUGCGGUGCAGAUACGAUGAAAUCCAUGAUGAUUAUAAGGUAGUACGUAUUUGUACUAAUAUUGGUCGUCAGAGUGAUUUUCAAGAGGUUAAUAUCUAUAGUCUAAAGAAUGAUUCUUGGUGGAGAACUGGUUAUCCUCAUAAUGAGACGCGAUUAAUUAGUUCAUGUAAAUUUGUGAAUGGGAAGGUUCACUGGGCUACUAGUGCUGGUUUUGGUUACCAAAGGGGUUGGGGCAUCACAUCUUUUGAUUUGGCUGAUGAGAAAUGGAGAAAGGUGGAACAACCCUUUUAUGGAGAAAGGGAUGGUAUUCUCAUGACGAGAGCAUUGAGAAGUAAUUUUUCUAUGUUUUGUAAUAAUUCGAUCACUCAAGUAGAUGUGUGGUAUAUGAAGGAGUAUGGGAAUAAAGAAUCCUGGAUAAAAGUAUUUACCAUCAAUUAUAAUCUAGAUCCUAUGGGUUAUUUUCUUUCUCAAUCCUUUUGUUUGUCAAAAGGUGGUGAAUUUUUGGUUAUGUUUGAAUCAACUUUCAUGAUAUACAAUCCAGAGGAUAACUCGAGCAGAAUUCUCAAGUCUCCUAAAUUUAGUAAAGCUCUUAUGGUGGAAAUCUACAUUGAAAGACUUACGGUAGUAAGAUUGAUAUUAGCAAGCUACUAUUGUUAG